AUGGGUAUGUUAACAAUACUCGCGCCACUAAAGCGACAAGUGGAGGUGCUGGUGGGCAUGAAACAAACUGUGAUGGACAUUGAGAAAUCGGUGCAAGCAAUGCCCGACAACUACGAUGAAGUCUUAAGAAAAAUGAAAGAACAUGACAGCGAAAUAAAAGAACUGAGGAAAAAGGUGAAUCAACUAGUACAAGAACGGAAAACGGACAAAACUACCGAACUAAAAAAAGAACUAAACAAAUUGGAACAAUACGGGCGAAGGAAUAAUCUUGAAGUGCACGGUCUUGUAGAAACUAACAAUGAAAAUUUGCUCGAAAAGCUUAACAAAAUCGCCGAUCAGAUAGCAGUUCCACCCCUAACGAAAGAUAGCGUAGAGGCAAUCCACCGCGUUCCAACUAGGGCAAAGAAGACGCCUAUGGUGAUAGUGCGCUUUGUGAACAGAAAUGAGCGAAAUGCAUGGCUUCAAAACAAGCAAAAGUUAAAGUCGGAAGCCGAUGAUGGCAACGUACACCUGCAAGAAAACAUGACGGCGUCGAACCGGCAGUUGUUCUACGAUGUUAGAACAGAGGCGAAGCACCUUAGCUACAAGUUUAUUUGGCACAAGAAAGGUUGUUCAUACGUGAGGAAACAAGAAGGCGCACCGACAAUUCGGAUUGAGCACGAAGGCGAUCUUGAAAAAAUUAAAUAG